UCCUAAUGCGAAAAAAACGUGCUUUAAAUAAAAUAAUUAAUUAUUUUUGUAAUAAUUCCGUAAAGAAACCAGAACAGCUCAGAGUUAAUCAGGUUCAGAGACCGUGGUGGUAUUUGGAGAAACCUGCUUUCCCCUUAUAAUCUUUCCUAUAUCAUCCUCUAUCACUCUCAAAGUGACAAAAAACUUAGAUAAGACCCUGAAACUUGAUGUUUCACUAGAUUUUAUCUUUGACUGUUGCUUCAUUCAGCUUUUGCAGGAAACUUGAGAGAUUUCAGACAACAAGAGAAGAAAAAAAAGGAAGCAAUGUCCAGUUCAGGCCAAAAGUCCGGUAAGGCUCCUGACAGAGCAAGUUUUGUCAACCUACUCAGCCAGUACUUGAAAGAAAAAAGAAAUCUUGGAGAUAUCAGCGUUGGAAUGACUUCAAAAACUGAAGCUAAAGGGCUCGAAACUUUCAGGCAAAAAGCAACGGCAAUGAACUUUUUGCCCAAUAUGGAUAAUUCUUUUCAGAGUUCAAGACCAAAUAUUGUGGCAUCAACAUCAAAUGUGAAAUCAUCUGAUUUCUUUCCAGGGAUUGGCAGUUUUGGUUCCUCCAGUUACAAGCAAGAUAUCACUAACAAGACAGAUAUCAGAAAACCAACAAUGGUGGAACCAAAGAAUUCCCAGCUGACCAUAUUUUUCGGCGGCCAAGUGCUAGUAUAUAAUGACUUUCCAGCAGACAAGCUCAAGGAGAUCACGGCCAUAGCUAGCCAAGUAUGCCCAAGAGCAUGUAAUGGUGUUGUUUCUGGCAUGGAAAAAGUAAAUUCUAACAUACACAAAAUUGAUUCUAGCAAUUCUGAUAUUCCUGACCUGAACAUAGCCUCCACUACCGCAAAUAGCCCUGCUCAAGAUCCUUCCGUUGAGCGGCGUCAAUAUGGUGGUUCAGAUUUGCGAAUUGCAAGAAGAAAUUCACUUCACAAGUUCUUCGAGAAGAGAAAAGAUAGGGCAGCCGCAAGAGCACCAUACCAAGUUAACAACCUACGAGGAUCGCCUACUCCACCUAAACUUGAUAAAAGCAAGUCAUCUCAUGAGGAAGGCCAAUCAUCAAAAGAAGCACCAAGAGAUCUUGAUCUCAAGUUAUAAUCAUAAUGGUUCCUUCAUUAUGAUGCAACUUAGGAUACCCUUGUAAUGCAGGCUUAAGGAUUUUAACUAUUGUUGUUAGGCAUUUUAUACUUCAAUAUCAAUAUAUAUCUGCUACAAUUAAAUUGAAAUAUGAACUCAGGAACUUAGUUCAGGUAGCUCAUACAAUGGCAUUUAACAAAUUUAGAGUUCAAAUUUCAACAUUUGUAAUAUUUUCUUCAAUUGCCGGACUGGAGCUUCUUUUGUAAAAAAAAAAAAAAAUUUGAGAUCUUGUAACUUUUUUCAUGUAAGUUUGAUCCAUUGAGCGUAAAAACUGUUUUCUAUCUUCUUCUUGAUGAAACUAUGUUGUUGAUUUGUUAUCUUUGGCAAGUAGGGAAGCAGGCAGACAGCAAAUUACUUCAUUAAAUGGUUUAAAAUUGAUGAAUCGGGUAAGGGAUUGAGUGUUCAACUUCUAUUAUCAGAAGAGUAGACGAAUCUGUCUUGAUUUAAUAGAAAAAGGAAAUUCUACAGCAACAGCAAGAACCAAGCUAGGCAAUUCCGUUGAGUAUGUGAAAUACUCAAAUCAGAAUCGAAUGGGUCAAUUGUGUUAGGAUCACAGCAGCUCUCAUACAAGUUAUUAUGCUAA